ACUUAACAUGAGGUCCUCUUUCAUCCACAGCAGAUAGAGUAACAAUUUCCCAAACCCUUUCCCUAUCCUCUUCUUCUUCUUCUUCUCCUCACUCACACUCCCACUCUUCUUCGCCAAACCCAAAACCUCACUCUCCACCUUCAACCACCAAUCCCAAUGGCAAUUUCUUCGGCGGCGGCAGCAGCAGCAACCUCAAAGCUCGCAUACCCUCAUGUCUACCCCUCUCCUUCACCUUCAUCCAAUUCCCUAUUCCUAAAAUCCCACACACCCUCCACCACCCACCUUUCCUCCUCCUUCAUCCACCCCUCCACGGUCCUCCACCUCGCUCCCGUCCCCGCCGCCCUACGCCGCCGCUCCUUCACCGUCCGCGCUGCCCGCGGCAAGUUCGAGCGCAAGAAGCCCCACGUCAACAUCGGCACCAUCGGUCAUGUCGACCACGGCAAGACCACCCUCACUGCCGCCCUCACCAUGGCCCUCGCUUCCCUCGGCAACAGCGCCCCCAAGAAAUACGACGAAAUCGAUGCUGCCCCCGAGGAGCGCGCCCGAGGCAUCACCAUCAACACUGCCACCGUCGAGUACGAGACCGAGAACCGUCACUAUGCCCACGUCGACUGCCCCGGCCACGCCGACUACGUCAAGAACAUGAUCACUGGCGCCGCCCAGAUGGACGGAGCCAUCCUCGUCGUAUCCGGCGCCGACGGCCCAAUGCCGCAGACCAAAGAACACAUCCUUUUGGCCAAACAAGUCGGUGUACCCAACAUUGUGGUCUUCCUCAACAAGCAGGACCAGGUCGAUGACGAGGAGCUUCUGCAGUUGGUAGAAUUGGAGGUUCGUGAGCUUCUUUCUUCGUACGAAUUCCCUGGUGAUGAUGUUCCUAUUGUUUCUGGUUCUGCAUUGUUGGCUUUGGAAGCUUUGAUGGCCAACCCUUCCAUCAAGCGCGGCGAAAACCAAUGGGUUGAUAAGAUUUACGAGCUUAUGGAAGCUGUGGAUAACUACAUUCCCAUCCCUCAGCGCCAAACUGAGCUUCCCUUUUUGUUGGCCAUUGAGGAUGUGUUUACCAUCACUGGACGUGGAACCGUGGCUACUGGCCGUGUUGAGCGGGGUACCAUUAAGGUUGGAGAAACGGUUGAUAUUGUUGGUGUGAAGGAAACUAGGAACACCACUGUGACUGGGGUGGAAAUGUUUCAGAAGAUUCUGGACGAGGCUCUGGCUGGGGACAAUGUGGGGUUGUUGCUUAGGGGUAUUCAGAAGACUGAUAUUCAGAGAGGGAUGGUUUUAUCUAAGCCUGGAACCAUUACCCCUCACACCAAGUUUUCUGCAAUUGUGUAUGUCUUGAAGAAGGAAGAGGGUGGCAGACAUUCUCCCUUCUUCGCCGGUUACAGGCCUCAGUUCUACAUGAGGACAACCGAUGUUACUGGCAAAGUAACUUCCAUUAUGAAUGACAAGGAUGAGGAGUCCAAGAUGGUGAUGCCCGGUGACCGUGUUAAGAUGGUGGUUGAACUUAUUGUCCCCGUGGCUUGUGAACAAGGAAUGAGGUUUGCUAUCAGAGAAGGAGGCAAAACUGUUGGAGCUGGUGUUAUCCAAUCUAUCAUUGAGUAAAUUGUGUGAGAUUGGCAUCCCAACUACUUGCCUCUUACAUUUGUGGGCCAAGAAAGUAUCUAUCAUCUACGAUGGGCUUGUGCAAUUGAGUUUUUUUCAUUUUACACAACUGCUGUUAUAUCCAUUUUGUUAUAUUUUGUAGGUUUCUAGAUGUUGUUUAGUCAAGUUGGACAAUGAAUUAGCAAUGGCUUGUUUGACUUCCAUCUUUUUUUUGUUGUCAUAAUUCAUUUAUUAAGUGCUUGAGCAAGAUUCCACAAA